GUGAAUAAAAGCGAAUACUCCGCCUCCCCGUUGACGUAAAAGCACUGUGGUUGACUGACGUCGACAAAGACCCGGCGUUUGUUAUAUUUUACGUUCCGUUGACAUUUCACACUCAACGCUUUUUCAAGUCAAAGAAGAUAUGGAAGUUGGUCUUAGUCGGGAAAAGGCUGCCACCUUUCUAAAGCGCCUUCAAGCAGAGCCUCGCUACCUUUUAGCGCAGAAUGUGUCAACAUGCACCGACCCAAUGGAAGUUUGCCUACACCGAAAGACUGUCCAGGAUACUGUGCACAUCUUUGAGCAUGCUAUCCCUGCAGAGGGCAAGCCUGUCACCAACCAAAAAAAUUCAGGCAGGUGUUGGAUCUUUUCAUGUCUCAAUGUCAUGCGACUUCCCUUCAUGAAGAAGUUUAACAUAGAGGAGUUUGAGUUUAGUCAGUCCUAUCUCUUUUUCUGGGAUAAGAUUGAGCGGUCGUACUACUUCCUUCAUGCCUUCGUGGAGACUGCACAGAAGAAGCAGCCAAUGGAUGGACGGCUGCUACAAUUCCUUCUUUUCAAUCCAGCUAAUGAUGGAGGACAGUGGGAUAUGUUGGUCAAUCUCAUUGAAAAGUAUGGUGUAAUACCAAAGAAAUGCUUCCCAGAGGCAAACAGCUCAGAGGACUCCCGCAAAAUGAAUGGCCUUCUUAAUCAUAAGCUAAGAGAAUACUGCUACAAAUUGAGGAGCUUGGUGGACAAUGAAGUACCUCAAUCAGAAAUUUCCGAUGCCAUCAACACCAUGAUGGAGGAGGUGUUCCGGGUGGUUAGCGUUUGUCUUGGCAGCCCACCUGAGACCAUAUGUUGGGAGUACCGAGAUAAGGAUAAGAACUUCCAUCGUGUGGGACCUAUCUCCCCCCAAGAGUUUUACAGGGUGCAUGUAAAACCCCUGUACAACAUGGAGGACAAAAUCUGCCUUGUGAAUGACCCUCGACCCCAAAACACCUUCGGGAAACUGUACAGUGUAGAGUACCUUGGUAAUAUGGUGGAAGGUCGUAAGACACUCUACAACAAUCAGCCCAUCCAGCUUCUAAAAAAAGCCGCAGCAGAGUCAAUUAAGGAGGGAGAAGCUGUGUGGUUUGGCUGUGACGUUGAAAAACAUUUCCAUGGCAAGCUGGGCAUUAACGACUUGAAUGUCUUCAACUAUGAGCUGGUGUUUGGAGUUUCAGUGCAGAACCUCACUAAGGCAGAGCGCCUAGUAUGUGGAGACUCUCUCAUGACCCAUGCCAUGAUCCUUACUGCUGUGACGGAAAAGGAUGGAAAAGAAGGCUUUGAAAAGUGGAGGGUAGAAAACUCCUGGGGAGAUGACCGUGGAAACAAAGGUUACCUCAUCAUGACAGACGACUGGUUCUCAGAGUAUGUGUAUGAGGUGGUGGUGGACAAGAAGUACCUCUCCCCUGAUGUUCUUGACGUAAUGAAUCAAGAGCCUUUUAUACUUCCUGCCUGGGACCCGAUGGGAUCUCUGGCCUAAGUCUGGACACCCAUGUUUUUAACCACAAUCCCUAGCUCAUUUGCUUUUAUGAGCUAUUUUAAUUCUUAUUUUUGAACAGACCAAGAUGAUUUCAAAACGUUUUUUCAUCAUGUGACCUACAACCUGUAGAGCGUAAUAUAAGAUAUUUAUGAGGAAAAAAAAUAAUAUACAAAAUAAUAAUAAUUUUAAAAAAGGGUAACAGGGGCAGCAGCAUUAGUAAGGAAGCCCAGACUUCCCCCUCCCAAGCCACUUCGACCAAUCCAGGGGGAUCCCAAGGCGUUCCCAGGCCAGCAGAGAGACAUGGUCCCUCUAGCGUGUCCUGGGUAAUCCCAUAGGCCUCCCGCCAGUGGGACAUGCCUGGAACACCUCUGUAGGGAGGCAUCCGAACCAGAUGCCCGAGCCACCUCAGCUGGCUCCUCUCAAUAAGGAGGAGCAGUGGCUCGACCCUGAUGACCGAGCUUCUCACCUUAUCUCCAAGAGAGAGCCCAGACACACUGCUAAGGAAGUUCAUUUUGGCCGCUUGUAUCCGGGAUCUUUUUCUUUCGGUCACGACCCACAGCUCGUGACCAUAGGUGAGGGUAGGAACUUGGGUCGACUGGUAAAUCGAGAGGUUCGCCUUUUUGCUUACCUCCUUCUUCACCACAACAGACCGGUACAGAGUCCUCAUCACUGCAGACACUGCACCAAUCCGCCUGUUGAUCUCCCGCUCCCUUCUGCCCUCACUCGUGAACAAGACCCCAAGCUACUUGAUCUCCUCAACUUGGGGCAGGAUCUCAUCCCAAGCUCAGAGAGGGCACGCCAACCUUUCAAAACUGAGAACCAUGGUCUUGGGUUUGGAGGUGUUGAUCUUAAUCCAAACCGUGUCACACUCGGCUGCUAACCAAACAAAUUCAAUAUUUUUGACAUUUGUUUUGGUUAAAAUUGGCCAUGAACGCGUCUCAACGUUUUUAUGUUUAACCAUUAUCGAUGCGUCCCAGAAGUGAGGGAUGGGAUUUUUUUUUUUUUUUUUUAUCAGGAGUAAUGUGAUUUGGAUUAGUUAACAAAAUUUUGCUGAGGUAAUAAAUGACUGGAUAUUUGAUGUGCAGAAUUCUAUGAGUUUAACAUUACAGGAAAUGUUGUUGGUUUUGCCCAAUUGAAAGGAUAGUCAAAAAAAUUCAGUGAUGAUAUGGGUUUAUUAAGUAACAAACCAGUGGCCUGUACUUGGAAGCCGGUUAUCUGGCUUAGCAGGGUAACUUCGAGAGUAACGUCAUCACGUGCAGCAUAAUUUAUUGGCUAAGCGGGACUACGAAAGGUGGAUAUGUUGAAACCGGGGAAUGUUGCCAUGUCACCACACGGCAAACCUGGUCGUCUCAGAGUUAGAUCUUGCUUAACCCCAGGUGUUAUGUACUUCCUUGAUCUAAGUACAUGUAAGGCCGAGACUUGAAUGGAACAGGCCAUUUUUGUUUCAUUUUAGGGGUCUAACAAAUGGUGAAAAAGGUUUUGAAAUGAUGAAUCUUGAUCUUAUUCAGUUUUUUUUUUUUUUUUUUAAA